AUAGUUUUCUUCAAGGUGCACGGGUCAUAUAAGUUCAAUUCCCUCAAUUGCAAAGUUCACUCUCCGGAUCUGGGAAUAUUAAAGGUGUGCCAAAUUAAGGCGGUUGAUCGCAAGCACAAUCUGAUCAACCUUGUAGCCUUUUUGAAUAAAACCUUAUCAGAGGUUGAGAUCCACUUUAAAAUGGUUAAACGCGAGAUUGGCGGCUGGCAUCCCUUUAUGUACGACAUGCGAAUAGACGUUUGCAAGUUCUUUAAGAAUCGCAGUGGGUUCUUCAUUGCCAAUCUAAUAUAUUCGUUUAUAAAGCCAUUCACAAAUGUAAACCACACCUGUCCGUAUAUGGCUGGCACAGAGAUGCGCCUUUGGAAUUGGUCUCCCAAUGAAGAUGCUGUUUUGGCCAAAUUUCCCGUAGACCAUGGCCAAUAUGGCCUACAAACAACGUGGUUCAUCAAAAAAGAGGUGGCAUUGAAAGUAAAUGGAUCUGUACUAUUUUUUAGGUGACUAGUUAGUCGACUUCGAGUUUCAGAAUCCUGAUAAAAGAUUAUUGAAAUAAACUGAAAGCAAUCCUUAAUAUGAUGAUAUGAUAUUACCAUAUUUUUCGCCCCACUUUCCAACCACAGUGGUUAGCACAGGGGCUUAUUCAAUCGGUGAUAAGACGUAAUGCCCAACCCGCUUGCAUACUGACACAGAUUUGAGUGGCAAACAAAUUUUUUUCUUCGGUUUGUGGGCCACAUUCGAGCGUGUCCAGCUUUUGCCCAUGCGCCUCACGUUUAAGGCAGAAAUGGUAACAAUUCAUACAGAAAAUACAAAAAUACAAAAAAUGACGACGACCGGCAAAGAAAAGCAAAGAGAAAUGCGUUCGUUUUGGCCACAGUUGGCUGCGCAUGCGCCCGCCUGAUUACCUCCCGUAUUUACUUUUAAAGCCAAACAAAUAAGAGGCGGCUAAAAGAGCCGUCAUAAAUGGCCAACUGCAAGCCAGCAAGCCACGCACGUUCGCUUUCGACGACUCGAGGAUGGGGGGUAUUUGGUGGAGAUUGGGAUUACGAAGCGCCAACGCGGUUUGUCCAGUUGCGCAUGCUAAUUUGGGCGCGGGAAUCGAUCAUCGAUGGUGGUUGGGUAAUUAUUUACGUCUGUCUCUGGCUCGGAGGCAGUUGCUCCGACUGCCAAUCGACAACCGAUCCGUAACUGACCACAUUUCUGCCUUUUCAUCUCACCCAUUUGCACUCUCUUCCGCACAACAUUGUUGCAGAGAAGAAAAAUCGUUUUUCGACUUGGAAAAACCUUUGAAAAUUUCAUGUGUUUGCUAGUACAGCAUGCGCAAUUAUUUUUACAAACUUAUGAACUCCUUUUGUUGAUAUAACGAAAGAUUUAUCUAAAUAAAUUAAUAAAGCAACGUGUGUAGACAAAUGUAUUCACGGAUUAUAAAUAUUCAUGGUGUUAUUGAAUCAAAGCAGCAAUAAAAUUACCAUAAUUGCCGUAAUGUGUUGAUUCCAACUAAUAUAAUCAGCUUUGUUCCCGUUCCUAAUAACCUAAUUUAAAGAUUGCGAGUUUGGGGACAAGACGAAAUAUAUAUUUAUUGGAAAUAGCAUAAUAGUGUGCUCAUAAUAAUCACUAAAAUGAAGUCUGAUUACCAUUUUCAAAGUCAAAUAACAAAUGAAAAAGAAGAAAUUGCACCCAUUUUCGGCGAGUGUAGUUUCCCAUUGACUGUCACCUGCGUUCAACGCUCGCUCAAGUUCGGCAGAUCAAUCGAAAUGGCGCCUUUCAGCGUUUCGAGCGUUUGUGUGUGGGCUUUCACUUUCGUUUGUGAGCAGCACUCUCACUCUUGGAUUCUCCGGAGCAGUUCAGCACCGCUCUGCUCGGCUUACCAAUUUUUGCUUUUUCCCCGUUUUUAAUAUCUUUUGAGCCGGGUUUUGCCGAUGGCCAAUUUGCAUGCUGUUAGCUCUUUGCCUGACUCAUCUGUUCGCCGGGUUUUUGAUUAUUAUUAUUUUUACUCAAUUCGCUCGUUACCUCACAGUUUGACCGCAAAAAGAAGUAGGCUGUGUGUUACUUAAUUGAAACUAUGAACUGUAGCUAAUCUAAGGCACUUUAGCACCAGCAGCUAUUCAGAUCAGCAGCUAUUCAAGUGGCACAAUUUACGCCGCAACUCAAAUAAA